UUUUCUUUUUAUCUUGGUCCUUACAAAUUGAUGUAAUCAUAAAGAAACCCAACCAACGAAAACUUCUGGAAUCAGCAAAAUCCGAAAUGAGGAGCUAUCACGUUUUGCGGAUUUUUCUUUCCCACCUCUUUGAUUGUCAUUUUGCUUGUAGAUUUGAGUAUAUGGAUUGAGCAACACGGUAUUGUGAAUGGGUUUCUUUUGUCUUAUUUCAAGUUGUGUUUCUCUACUAGUAUCAAAUCUCUCUCUGCUUCUCUUUCUGCCCUCGUCUGGAAAUUUCUGUGGCUGAUAGGUGGUUUCUUCAAUCUGAUUAUCCUGUAUGAAAAUGCUUGAAGCAGGGGUUGAUUGUUAGGCUGUGAAGAGUGUUGACCAAUGCAUCAUUGGGGAAUGGCUUUGCCACUUUGAGGAAGAGGAGGAGCACUCAUGGAGGAGGGUAAAUCACUUGCAGACAUGGGUGUAAAUCCUUGGGAUGGCCGAAUAAUGACAUUCAAGAUCGUUGAGUAGACAUAUGGUUUAAGCAGUAUCUGAUGAUGACUGUUUCUAAGAGGACAGUUAUGGCAAUCAAGUCUUACCAAAACCAAGCUGAGUUACUGGUGAGGGACUACUUGCUAGCAGAUCCUUUUGUCCCAUACACUUCUAUCCUUGGCGGCAUACUCGCUUGCAAAAUGGUAUAUGACCUCUCGCAGUUGAUUAGUUCGUUUUACUUCAGGAGCUAUGCUGCUCUAACGAAAAUUCAAAGGAUUGAAUGGAACAAUAGGGGUAUCUCCACUCUUCAUGCCAUUUUUAUCUCGACUAUGUCAUUGUACUUUGUGAUUUUCUCAGAUCUCUUUUCGGAGCAUAGACUUGCUGGGCUUGUCAUAUUCCGAAGUUCACCUCUCUCUACUUUUGUAAUGGGGGUUUCAAUUGGAUACUUCCUUGCGGACCUUGGAAUGAUAUUUUGGUUAUAUCCUUCCCUAGGUGGAAUUGAGUAUGUUAUGCAUCAUCUCAUUUCUUUACUUGCAGUAGCAUAUUCUAUGUCCUCUGGAGAGGGGCAGUAUUACACCUUCAUGGUCCUCAUCUCUGAGGCAACAACCCCAGGGAUCAAUUUGAGAUGGUAUCUUGACACUGCUGGAAUGAAGAGGUCCAAUGCAUAUCUCAUUAAUGGGAUUGCAAUAUUCUUUUCCUGGCUGGUUGUGAGAGUUCUCCUGUUUGUUUACAUAUUCUACGACAUCUACUUGCAUUCUUAUCAGGUUAACUUGAUGCAACCAUUUGCUCGUCUAUUGGCGUAUGCCGUACCAUCAGUGCUAGCUGUCAUGAAUUUGUUGUGGUUUGGAAAGAUUGUCAAAGGAUUGAAGAAGACACUGGCAAAGAGGCAGUGAAUGAUAUGUUUGCAUGUAUUUUUGGGAUGCAUUGUCCUCUCCAUUUUUUCCCCCUUUUUUACCUGUGUAAAUGAUAGAGGGGUUCUUUUUUUGAGGUUGGGGUUUUUGGGGGGUGGGGAGGGGGGAGCUAACUAUUUAAAGCUAGAUUGAAAAAUUAAACAAACCAUGGUUUCUUAUUCAUUGUGAAUUCAAAUUGUUGUAAUCAUUCAACUUUUUAUUACAUGUAGCCUUUUGAAUGUAAACACGGAUUCAAUCCGUUUUCUCUA